AUGCAUCAGCUGGACAAAACUGGAGGAAUUGUUGCUAAUGCGAUUUUAUCUUCAAUGAGAGAAAGAGAGAUUCAGUUGUUAGACAAUAAAAUCUUGUUAGCCGCUAUUUACGUUGAUCCAAUGAAUCGAAUUUUACUAAAUGACAAUCAAAUUGCCCCAGGGAAAGAAAAGCUUCGUGAAAUAGCUAUUCGCUUGAAAAAGUUGCCGUUACCUUACAUUUAUGAAUCAAAAGAUGAAAAUAAAAAUAAUGAAUGUAAUGACAACUCGGAAUCAUCAUCUCCAAAAAAAGAGCUUGAUUUCGAAGCAUAUUUGGAUAGUUUAGAACGUCUCAAAGUGAAGCGAAGACAAAAGUAUGACCGUUUAUCAAAAUUGAACGUAGAAGAAGCUAUUUCAAUUUAUCCAGAAAUUAUUCGCGAUGCAGCUAGAUCUGUCACAGCAAUGCCCCCAACACAAGUCAGUGUGGAAAGAUUAUUUUCAGCUUUGAAAAUAAUUAAAGCUAAUUUAAGGGCAUCUAUGAAGGAAGAUUUAAUUGAAGCUAUUUUGUUUCUUAGAACCAUUUUAUAA